UCCCCCUCACGACUCCUAUUCUUCACGCAUGCCGGCGCUCCUCCUCUCUAGUUGUUGCCAUCUCCCUCCUCGGCCACCUCUACUGGCACCCUCUCUUCCCUGGCUCCCGAGCUUCAACCAUGGAGCACGACCCCUCCUUGCCUCUCCGUAGCGCCAGGACCUCCUCCGAGCUCGACAUGGAUGUGCUGUGUCUUCCCCAGUACCGACCAUGUCAAGCUCCGGUGACCCCCUUCCCACGGCACAGCAGACCGGCGCCAGACGUUAGCGCCGUCUCAGAUCUUUGCCUCCUCACACUGCUCUUCUCCACCAUGCAGCUUGUGCCCUCUCUGCUUGCCGACGACUUGCGUCUUCUCUAGCCAAGCCACAGCCAAGCUCCACUCCAUGGUCGCACCCCCCUCCAUGGCUUCUUCCAGCUGGAGCUCGUCGCCGUCCUCUGGUGAACGCCCGAACCUCCAACCUCGCCAUGGACGCUGUCCUGCACGCACCAGCGGUGCUUCCUCCCUCGCCGGAGCUCGCCGGCCAACCUCGCCUCACCUUCCAUGGCCGCGUGCGAGCUCCGCUACCGGGCGUCGUUCCCUUGUGCCACAGUGGCCCCGCAAUCUCCGCGUCUCUUGCGACGUCCCGAUCUACGCAGCCCUGCCCCGUGCCAUUGAUCUGUGCAGCCUUGACGUGCCAUCGUCGUUAACAGUUUGCCUCUCCUACGCUGCGCCAUCCUUAUUCCCUCUGGUCGCGACAAAAUCCUGUUCCACCAGGUCGUCGGGCGCUGCUCUCAGCUCGCUAUGGGGCUUGCUGGGCUCGCCAUGUUUUAAAAUGUCGUCGAAUUUGCCUGCAACCGCGGUCUCGUCGAGUCCGUCGCUCUUCAACUUCGGCGACCACUAUCAUCUUCAUUAGCGCGCCAUCGUCUAGUCCCUGCUCUCUGGUGAGCUUGGCCCUGCAGCUUGAACCAGGAAGUCAUCGCUGUUCAUGUGCUCGCCAUCAACCGCCGCUGGUGCUCGACGAAUGGCUUGAACCCAGAGUUCAUUGUCGUUUCUCAUCUGCGAUCUCGUCAGCCUCUACUCGAUAAGUGUUUGGUGAAGGGCCUGAGCCAAGUGUUGUUGCUGCUUCCACAGAUUUCUAAUCAAUUUGGUAAUAGUACUCUGGCUCGCUAAUCCUACUAAUUAAUUCGGUGAAUAGAUUAGAUGGAUAUUAAUCGCGACGUUCGAAUCAGAUACUUGUGAUGUGUUGUAGUAAUUAUCCGUAUCUCAUUACAUAUGUUUGUUGUUAGGUUAUUUCUCUACGGGGUAGGAUAUUGUGUUUCGCUUAUUUAAUCUCGUCUGGUACGUAGACCUAUU